AUGUCCUGGCAAUAUAAGCUCGCCUCCAGUGUGCGGGCCUCUCCGAAGGCGUUCGUGACCCGGCCGAAUGGCCGCCUCCUACUUCGCCCGACCGCGCGCGGCGCUGCGGGGGGCUUCUCCGCUGGAUCAGUGACCGCCAUGACUCAAACCACCGUCGCUUAUGCCAAGCGCACCCUGACCACCACCCAGCCCAGAUGCCUCAACAUUGACAACAUCAACCCCCACAUUAAAGCAGCCAAGUACGCCGUGCGUGGUGAACUGGCCGUCAAGGCUGAAGAAUACCGUCAGCGUCUGGCCGAUGGUGACAAGUCCUUGCCCUUCGAUAGCGUUAUCUUCGCCAACAUUGGCAACCCCCAACAACUCGACCAGAAGCCCAUUACAUUCUUCCGUCAAGUGCUCAGUCUCGUCGAGAACCCGCUGCUUCUCGAGAACACCGAGGCCUUGAAGAACUCGUUCGGAUACAAGCAGGAUGUGAUCGACCGUGCCCAAACCCUGUUGGCCAAUGUGCAGAGCGUUGGUGCUUACAGUCACAGCCAAGGUGCUCCCGGCAUUCGGAAGAGCGUUGCCAAGUUCAUUGAGGAGCGUGAUGGCUUCCCCGCCAACGCCCAGGACCUGUUCUUGACUGCCGGUGCUUCGUCGGGUGUCAGCACCUUGCUCAAUGUGAUCUGCAACGACUCCAACGCCGGUGUGCUGGUCCCUAUCCCUCAGUACCCAUUGUAUACCGCUACCCUGGCCCUUCUGAACGCGCGGUGCGUGCCCUACCUGUUGGAGGAGCAGAAGGCGUGGGGUACCAACGUCGAUGCCAUCACCCAGUCCAUCAAGGAGGCCAAGGCCGCUGGCACCAACGUCCGCGCUGUUGUCGUGAUUAACCCCGGUAACCCGACCGGUGCCUCCCUGACCCCCGAUGACAUUAAGAAGGUCAUCGAUGUCGCUGCUGAUGAGAAGCUGGUCAUCAUGGCCGACGAAGUGUACCAGACCAAUGUCUUCGAGGGCGAGUUCGUCUCCUUCAAGAAGCGUCUGCGUCAGCUCCAGAAGGAGCAGCCCGGCAAGUACGACGCCGUGGAGCUGGUCUCCUUCCACAGUACCUCGAAGGGUAUGGUCGGCGAGUGUGGUCACCGUGGUGGUUUCUUCGAGCUGGUCGGUUUCGACCCGCUGGUUCAGGAGCAGAUUUACAAGCUCGUUAGCAUUGGCCUGUGCCCGCCGGUCGUCGCACAGUGCCUGCUCGAGACGAUGGUCAACCCUCCCCGUGCUGGUGACCCUAGCUUUGAGCUCUAUCAGAAGGAGUACAAUGGUAUCCGGGAUGGUCUGCACAAGCGUGCUCUCGCGCUGUACGAUGCUUUCCAGCGUAUGGAGGGUGUUGAGUGCCAGAAGCCUCAGGGUGCCAUGUACCUCUUCCCCACCAUCAACCUCCCCGCCAAGGCCAUUGAAGCCGCUCAGGCUGAGGGCCGCGCUGCCGAUGAGUUCUACUGCCUGAAGAUGCUCGACGCCACCGGUGUCUGCGCCGUCCCUGGCUCUGGAUUCGGCCAGAAGGAGGGCACAUUCCACUUCCGCACAACUUUCCUCGCCCCCGGUACCGACUGGGUCGAGCGCAUCGUCAAGUUCCACUCCGAGUUCCUCAAUCAGUACCGGUGA